UCCAAGAUGGCGGUCUGUGUUGCUGUCAUAGGAAAAGAGAACUAUCCACUGUAUCUUCGGACCGUCUCUCCUGAAGAAGAAUUGAAAUUUCACUACACAGUUCAUACCUCGUUAGAUGUUGUCGAAGAAAAAGUGUCCUCCCUAACUAAAAGUUCCAAUGAUCCCCGAGAACUGUACCUUGGUUUGUUAUAUCCUACUGAAGACUAUAAAGUGUAUGGUUAUGUUACAAACUCCAAAAUCAAGUUUGUGAUUGUAGUUGAGUCUGCAAAUACUGCACUAAGGGACAAUGAGAUAAGGACGAUGUUUCGAAAACUUCAUGUAGCAUAUACAGAUAUGUUCUGCAAUCCUUUUUACAACCCUGGCGAAAAUAUAACAUCAAGGCGUUUUGAAGAGGCAAUUGUAAAAAUGAUGAAAGAAGAUUGAUCAACAGAAGUGCUUACUGCACUAUGAACUUACAUUACUUCUUCAGUACUGCUUAGCUGUUUGUGGAUGCUCUUAAGCAGGUUACAGCAUUGCAGAGUAUGGUACUAUUGGGAACAAAUUGACACAUUAGAAAAAUGAUGAUGGACAUCUCAAGCAGUCAUGUUGACUUCGUGUCAAAAUGCAAUCUCGUUGAUUUUCACGUUUACUUUUAUAUAGAUUUUGAAAAUUGGAAACAAGUGGAAACUUAAGAAAAAGGCCUGGUGUCCAAUGUUUGAGCAUGUCACUUGGCUACCACAACCUUACAAAAUGGUCUUUGUAAACAUACAGUAGUUGAUAAAAGAUGAAAAGUAAACAGUAUACCCUUGACAGUUCAA